UAUAUGUCUUGAGAUAUUCCCAAAGUACCAUCAGAAUAUAUAAGCUUGAUCAUGUCAUCUCCAAAGAUCCCAUUGUGGGUAGAUUGCGACCCAGGUCAUGAUGAUGCAUGUGCCAUCUUGAUCGCAGCAUACCACCCAUGCUUCGAACUCCUGGGCGUAUCGACCGUUCACGGUAAUGCCUCACUUCAAAAGUGCACAAACAAUGCCCUCAGCGUCCUCGAGGCCAUAGGCAAACCCGAGAUACCCGUCGUGCCAGGAUCCUCUCGGCCUUUCUGCCGCACAGUCGAUACGGCAUCUGACAUCCACGGAGAAAGCGGCCUGGCCGGAACAUCUCUACUUCCUCAACCAUCACGACUGCCACUCUCGCAUUGCAAUGCUGUCAAAGAGAUGCGAGACGCUCUCCUCGCACAACCCAAGAACACAUCAUAUCUAGUCACUUGUGGUCCGCUCACAAAUGCGGCACUUCUUUUCGCGACGUUUCCCGAGGUUGCAGAGCACAUCGCUGGGUUCUCGGCCAUGGGCGGCGCAAUCGGCUCCAACUUCACAAAUGUAUCCAUGGGCCCACCGUAUUUGGAUUCCCGAGGCGUCUCUCGCGACCGGACUGGCAACAAGACGCCAUUUGCCGAGUUCAACAUCUGGGUAGAUCCAGAAUCAGCCCGAUCUAUACUUCAAAACCCCGUCCUGCAACCCAAGACGACAUUGAUCACGUUGGACCUCACACACCAAGCCUACGCCACUCGCAGGGUUCAAAACAUGCUUCUCAACCACGGUAACCCGUCACAGCUACGAGUAAUGUUCAACGAGCUCCUGAUGUUCUUCGCUCAAACCUAUGCGGAAGUAUUCGGCCUGACCGAAGGACCUCCCCUGCACGAUCCUCUCGCCGUGGCCGUUUUACUGGACCGUCAUCCUGACGAAGACGUAAGGAUAUCAUUUGACGACCAAGGUGGCGAGAGAUGGGACGUGGACGUCAUCCUGGAAGGUGAACAGAUUGGCCGUACCACCAUCACGAAAGCGUCGUCCGGUCAUGGUGUGCGGAUACCCAGAUCCCUCGAUGCCGAUAAAUUCUGGCAUGCGCUGGAACUUUGCAUGAACAGAGCGGACCAGGCCACAGGCUUUGGGAGGGGCAAAAGCGCCCCUAACAACUAAAAUGUCCAUCUCGUUUUAGAUAUCUUAUCGACAUAUUCGUUAUUUACGUGGGAUAUGGAGGUGAAAAGUAACUUGGAUAUGAAAGACAUAGACUCGCUCCCAAUUCA